AGAAGAGAGAGAGAGAAAGAGCGUGGCACAACUUUUCUGAGCAGAGUAAAUAGUAUAGUAGUGGCUGGGACAGUCUAACUAUUUGGACACAGAGGAAUACAGCAAAUAAAGGGCUAAACCUACAACCAUGAAUGACAUCAAACUGGCCCUGCUGGGCAGUGAGGGUGCGGGCAAAUCCGCGGUUUUGGUAAGAUUCUUGACCAAGCGAUUCAUUGGAGAAUAUGCAUCAAAUGCCAGCUCCUUAUACAAUAAAAGGCUCUCCAUUGAUGGAAGACAGUUGAACUUGGAAGUCUUCGAUCCAUGCUCGCAGAGUGGAGAAAGCAGAUGUAUCCUGGAGGAACCGGUGGACUGGGCUGAUGGCUUUGUGGUGGUGUACACUAUCAGCGACCGUGCGUCCUUCCUAAAUGCCAAAAACAUCCUGGCGCAAAUCAAAGAGAGUCGUCGACAGACCAGUAAAGGGGAGGUACCAAUCUGCCUUAUGGGUAACAAGCAAGACCUAUGUCACAGUCGUCAAGUGAGUGAGGAGGAGGGCCGCUCCCUGGCCCAGGAAAACCGAUGCCUCUUUCAAGAAGUGUCAGCGGCUGAGAACUACCUGGAGAUCGGCAACCUCUUUACUAAGCUUAUUCGCCAUGUGAUGGAACAGCUGAAGUAUAGAAGUGAUCGGAGGAGAUACAGUGGCUCCAAGUCUAUGGCCAAGCUCAUUAAUAAUGUCUUUGGCAAGAGAAGAAAAUCUGUUUGAGUGCAGAACAUCAAUAUAGUUGAUUGCUUUUGAAUCUGUUACAGAGAUAUGUCCUUGUUAAACGUAAUGUUCUUGGAAUGUUUUGUGUGUUUAUAAUACAAUUAUACUUGGAUAUACAUAGUGAAAAUUCAAACUGGUACCACUAUGAGAGUUCCCCUUUACCAAACAUCCAGUGUUGGGAGGGUUACUUUUAAAAUGUAUUCCACUACAGAUUACAGAAUACAUGCUGUAAAAUGUCAUUUGUAACGUAUUUCAUUAGAUUACUCAAGGUCAGUUACGUAUUGUAAAUACUUUGGAUUACUUCUUCAGCACUUCACUUGUUUUGACUAUAAAAACUCUGCCAGUACAGUAAGACAAAAUACACGUUAAAAAUACAUUCUCUGAAAAACCUAAAUAUCUUAUGCAGUGGUGUUUAUAAAACAAGAUACAUCUAAUUGAUCUUGUUUUUAGGAUUUUUAGAUGUUUUUACAGGAAAACAAUACAACAAUUAUUAUCAAGAAUAUGAUUUUUGCCCUAAUAUCAAAGGUCUUACUAGAAAAAAAGAAAUUAUGAUCCAUAUUUUCUUAAUAAAAAAUAUGAUCGUGUCUGGUAGCAUGUGCAUGUAAAAUGGCUAGAAAUAGCAUUUUAGCUUAGCGUAAAGCUGAUAAUUUACACAAGGUUUAUUUCUAUUUCUUCUGCUCCAAACUUACUUCUCUGUCUGCUCGUAUGAAUGUAACGUAUCAUAAGAAAGUGUUUCACUGCUGUUCAAAUGCCUUUGGAUCACAUCAUUUAUAUGUAUAAAUGUUUUCCAUCUAAAAGGACUAAAUAUUAAAUGAAAUAAAUGACAAUAAA